UGUUCAUUCAAAUUCUUCGAAACGGGAAAGUGAAUCCCGCUAGAAACCUCUACCUUUGCAGAUCUAAGCUUGUUGGUGCGUGUGUGGAUCGCCAAAGCAGGUUUUCAUUCCAUCAAAGAUGGAAGCACUUUACUCGAAGCUAUACGAUAAAUACACCAAAUUGAAGAAGGAAAAAGAGUACCAGUUUGACGAACUGAAUUAUGAACAAGAAGUGAAAUUCUUGAAGUAUGAAGCUGCUGCAGAUGAAAUGAUCCAGUACUUGAAAAGUGAGAAUGAAAAGCUCCAUGAACAAAAUAUUCACUUCCAAAAGUUGUUAGCGGAAGAGAACCAAAAGAGAAGUCCACUGGCCAUUCUGUGUGGUUAUCAUUUCGCUUACCAUAAUAAGGAACUCAGUGAAGAAAUUUCAAGGCUCCAAGACAAAGAAUGUUCAAGCUAUACUAUGCCCAAGGAAAGUGGACAUGAAAAUUUACACAAUACCCCUGGGGAACAAUCGCAAGGAACAUCUCCUGCAAAAUCAUCAAAAAAACGUAAAUCUAUUCAUAUUAGUGAGCAUGCAGCUACUCCAUAUGUUGAUGUUGAAGUCGACGAUCCGUCAGGUCAACUUGUUCCUAGGGACAAAAGCAGCGGUGCCCCAAGCAUCAUCCAGCAGCCUGCCUGCUGUCUAAGAACGACCAACAGUUCAGGUGGUGAUGCUGCAGAUACAAGCUCAUUCAACUGCAUGUUUCAAUAUCUUGUUGAGUAUGUAGUUGGCUUCAAAGUUUCCCCUGUCACUAAAAGCAACGAAGUGUCCAUUUUGGCGCGUCAUCAGUCAAGUGGCUACUCAUUCAGCUUGACAUGGAUAGCAAAGCCAGAUGGAGAAGUCGAGCUUCUAUACCGCGUUUUAUCCCUGGGGACUUUCGAGAGGGUUGCCCCAGAAUGGAUGAAGGAAACGCUCAUGUUCAGCUCCAGCAUGUGCAGUCUCUUUUUUCAGAGGGUUUCUCGUGUUAUCAAUACUUAACACCUUUACCUCUUCUACCUUGCUUCUUGUUCAAAUUGCUGCAACUUAUAUAGAUCAACAUUAACAAUGUAUUCAUUUCAAUGCUUUGGAGGAGUGAAUCGCAAAAGAAUGCAACUUUAAUGAAACAUCAACUCCAAAA